AUGAAUAAUACGACUACACUUGCCCAGUCAGCAGCCACAACAGGUUAUGUUCUUGAAUUAUAUUACUUGCUAAUAAUUGUAUUAAGUGCAUUUGUUGGCAUAUGUUUUAGUCUAGCAUGUUUAAUACGUUUUUUACGAGAGCCAAAACUUCGUACACAUUUUAAUUAUUUAUUUCAUUAUGUGAUCAUAUUUUGCAUAAUUGGGGGUCUAUUUAGCGGCCCUUAUUUCAUUGCUGGUUAUGAUUUGAUUCUAUUUCAAAAAUCAAUUGAAUUCUGCCAUUUACAUGUUGUUACUGGAUAUUUUUAUUUUAUUGCGAUACCAACAACAAUUUGUUUUACAAGUAUCGAAAGACAUGUUGUAAUGUUUAGAAGGAAUGGUGUAUUAACGUGGAAACGCCAGUUAAUUCCAUUUAGUUUGAUUAUUUUAUAUUGUUUCUUAGUAGUAUGUUCAUUUGCUUUAAUACCACAAUGUAAUUAUUUGCCUUGUGUGCCAUGUACAAAUCUUAAUGUACAUAUAUUAUUAGCAUGGCAAACAUGUAGUUUUAUUUUACCGUUGAUAAUAACAAUGUUAUCAACAUUAGCCUUUCUGUUUCGUUUAUAUAAUUAUUUUAAUGAACAAGCUCGUAUUCGAAAUGGUAUUGAUAAACAACAAUCAAAAACAUUGAAAAUUGUUGCUAUACAAGCGAUUAUUUAUUUAUUAUGGUGUUCUGUAGUAUAUUGUCCACCUAAUAUUUAUAAUUUUCUCGUUGCAUAUAAUUCAAAACGGUAUACAUCAUCAUUAAUGAAAACAAUUGGCGGUGUCAUUAGUAAUUGUGGCUUACAAGCAUAUCCGAUCAUCACAUUUUUCUUAUUUAAAUCGACAACAAAAAGUAUAUAUGCACAAUCAACAAGUCGUAAUACAAAUAAAAGUCCUCAAGAGCAAAAUACAACUUCUACGUGA